GAGAUGGCCGCAGGCGUGAUCUGGCCUCUCUGUGACUUCCGGCUGCCUCUGCCGUCCCACGGGCCCUUCCUGCCCUCAGACCCGGAGCCCCUAGACACUUCUGAGGAGGAGGAGGAGGAGGAGGAGGAUGCGGAAGAGGAGCUGGAAGUCGAGGGGCCAGAGGGCCACAGCCCGGCCCCCCAGAGCUCAGGUUGGGCCCCAGAAGUGGCCCCUCUGGACCCCAGUGGCCCAGAGACGCCGCUGCAGCUCCUGCGGUUCUCCGAGCUCAUCAGUGGCGACAUCCAGCGGUACUUUGGCCACAAGGACCGGGGGCAGGACCUCGACACCUGCGACAUCUACGCUGAUGUCCACACGGCCAGCAGCUCAGCCAGGGAGCUCUCCUGCGCCAACCUGGUGCGCCUGGCCCAGGGCGAGGCCCCAGAAGACAACGAGGCCACUGAGCCCGGGGUCUGCUCCCCUGGGGCCCCUGAGGGGCAGGCGUGCGGGCCGGGCCUCGGUGGGGAAGGGCCGCAGCCGCUGGGACCCCUGGCCGAGCUCUUCGACUACGGGCUGCGGCAGUACUCGGGGCCCAGGGCUGCGGCCGGCCGCCGACUCAGGCUGGAGAAGAAGUAUGGCCACAUCACCCCCAUGACCCAAAGGAAGCUUCCCCCCUCCUUCUGGAAGGAGCCGGCACCCAGCCCCCUGGGUCUGCUGCACCCCGGCACGCCUGACUUCAGCGACCUGCUGGCCAGCUGGUCGGCAGAGGCCGGCCCCGAGUUGCUGGGCUGGGGGGGCCAGGCCUUGGAGGGGGUGCAACUGGCCGAGGCCUAGCGAUUGAGCAAGGAUCAGUGGGGGUGAGCUGAGGGCAACAAGGGUCCGGACUCUCCUUAUUGCUGUCCUUGUCCUGAAAGGAGCCCUCGGGGACCUCCAAUCAGGGCAGCCACCAGAGGACAA